UGGUAACAAGGCCUAUGCCAAUUUAUAAAUAGACUCACGUUUCUCACCCCACAUUGCAUUCAUAAGCGGCCGAUAUUUGUGAAUGGGAGUGGAAACAGAUAUUUGGCUUUCGUGUUUUGAAGAGGUUAUUUCUGAAUCUGAGGAAUAAUUUAAAUGUAGCAUACAUGGAGUAAAUAUAUAAAAGAAUAAUGUUUUUAAACAACAUUAUUUUACCCCGAAAUAUAGACCUGCGUGGCUGUCAGUGUGACCACCCUCCCCCUCAGCAAGAUGGUACAGUCUUGGUUCAUUCAUAAAAUUCUAGCAGAGCAUAAAAGGAGGGGCUUGCAUUCUAGUCGUCCAGAUACCAGGUAUAUACCUGGAGAAAAGACUCGCGCCGCUCUGCCCAGCCGGAAGGCCAGAGUCAUAUCUGUCAUUGAUCCGGACUUGUGUAUUUAUUUCCUCGUGGUGUAUCAUAACAACCUGCCAUGGAUUCAGCCUUCCCCACUUGCCGGACAGAGUCUCCUGUCGGGACGCUCUUCCAGAAGACGCCCGAAGAGGCGAGCUCUCCAGCCUCCUCCUGCUCAGAGAGCAGUGCAAAGGAUCUCUACCAAGACAUGAUUGUUGAAGACACUCCAUUUGUUCCAACAGUCACUGCAAUAUCCUCUACCCCUGAUUUCCAGUGGAUGGUCCAGCCUACGAUCAUUACAUCUGUCUCCCCGACUGGGAGGCAGCAAGCCAAUGAAGCACAAAGCUCUCACCAGGCAACACCCAAAGAGGGUGGGAAUAAGGGAAAAAAUGGUGCCAGAAAGGGGAAAACAGAGCAGCUGACUCCAGAGGAGGAAGAGAAAAAAAAGAUAAGGAGGGAGAGGAAUAAAAUGGCUGCAGCAAAGUGUCGCAACAGACGGAGGGAACUCACAGAUACGCUGCAAAUUGAGACAGACCAGCUGGAGGAGGAAAGAGCAACCCUGGAGACGGAGAUAGCCAACCUCCUCAAAGAGAAAGAACGUCUUGAGUUUAUCCUCGCCACACACAAACCAAUGUGCCAGAUGUCAGAGGAGUUGGAGUGUAUUUUCCAGGAGCCAGCAGAGUCCCCAGAACUAUCAGCCAUUCCAGAUGAGAACAGACUUCCAGAAGAUGGCACCCAGGAAGCUCCUUCGCUCCAGGACAUGGACAUCCCCAGUGAUCCGUCCACAGCCAUCUCUGGAAACUCCAACAUUUUGCUGUGUGAAAUCAACAUCUGCGAUCUGGAGCCCUCUCUGGACAUUAAAGAGGGGCUCCUGGAGAACAUGUUACCCAGUUUCGAGGAGAGAACCCCCAUGGAGACGGCUCGAUCGGUGCCAGACAUCGAUCUGAGCAGUUCUCUCGGGGUCUCGGACUGGGAGACUCUGUACAAGUCUGUUUCCAGCGACCUGGAGCCUCUCAGCACCCCCAUAGUGACCUCCACCCCCACCUGCAGCAGCUACCUGUCUGUGUUCACAUUCGCUUGUCCCGAGCUGGACUCUCUCACAGAGGGGCUAGGCAGUCAUAGAGGCGGAGGAGGCAAGGCUGAUUCUGUGGAUCUCCUCAACUCCCCUACCCUCCUCGCCUUAUAAUGCACAGAGGGAAGUGAUCUGUGUGAUCUCUCUGUUCUUUCUUCUGUUUGCAGGUUCCUGACUUUAAAAUAAUAUGAACAACAUAUGCCACAGUGUGCUGUAAUACUUCGAGGAAUACAUUCAUGAAAUGUCUCGUGUUCGACUAAGCAAAUAUAUAAGCUUUUUUCCAGAUGCAUAACCAACAGAGUGAUGUAGCGAAAAAAGCAUGGUUUUUACUUUUAAAGCAGGGACUGAAGUAAGUUUUGAUUUAAAAAAACGCAUGCUGAGAAAUUCCAAAUAUUUUAAAAGCGUAUAUAUAUCUGAUCUGUUACUAGAUCCAAGAUGUAAUGUGGAAUUGAAUGUAUCAGUAUGGUUUUGUGUUUUGGUGUGAACAGUGUAUUGAUUGCUGUAAAUGUUGUAUUAACAUAUUCAUCCAUGUUAAGUACCUGCAUACCUCAACAUCAUCCACUGUGGUUUGACCUCAUUGAAAGUUUUCCAUGAAAACAUCCAGUGCUAUACUAUAUAUCUUAUCAAGAUGUAACUUAUGAUUUAUUUUUUUACCUUUCAGACUUUUUGGUUACAUUUAAGUAAGAAUGAGCAUUGAUUGCUUAUCUAUGCUGCUGAAUAAUUACAAUAAAUCUAUAUUCA